AUGUUACAGUUAUGGUGUGAUAAUCAAGUAAGUCUUAAAAAUUGUCCUGUUGACCAAAAAACAGUGUGCUUUCAAGCUAAGCAGAUUUUUCAGAGACUAAAAGAAGAAGCUGGGGAGGCGGCCAAAAAUGAAGACUUUAAAGCUAGUAAGGGCUGGUUCAGCAGAUUUAAAAGUCGUUGUAAUUGGCAUAGCAUCGCAGAAAGUGGAGACACUCUUUAUCCAGAAAAACUCAAGAAAAUGAUUGAAGAUGAAACCGAAGGAGAAUCACCCUCAGAUCCUGAGCAAAUCGAUGAUAUAAUAGAAGAAGUGAUCGAUAUUGCCAAACAAUUAAAUUUAGAGGUGGAUGUUGAUGACGUCCAAGAAUUGCUGGAUUCACACAAUCAAGAGCUAACAAUUGACGAGCUUAUAGAAAUGCGUGAGCAUGAUCAAGACAUUGAACAAACUGAUUCGUUAGACCCAGUUGAAUCGGAAAAUCAAAUGACGAUUUCAAACUUAACAGAAGGCCUCAGUACAAUUGAAAAGGGGUUACAAAUUUUAGAAAAAAUAGAUUCCAAUGAAGAGCGCGUUUCUACUACAAAACGGGAAAUAAAAAAGUUACUGGCAUGCUACGAGGAAAUUUUACGUGAGAAGAAGAAAAAUUUAACUCGUCAGGGGGCAUUGUUAGAAUAUAUGAAGCCUUCGACAUCAAAA